GCCUGCAUUCGGACGAACUGAAAUCUGGAGAAUUAAUAAUACCACGUAAAGUCAACAGAAAUGGUGAAUUUGUAUCGCACAAUCUGCAACAUCAUCAUGGCCAGCAUUAUAAACAUAAUCGUAAACGUCGCAGUAUAGACGAUACGCAAUUGGAGCCAGAAGUUCACUAUCAUUUGGAUAUAGAAAAUGAAACGCUGCAUUUGGAAUUGGAGCCACAUAGUUAUUUUAUGACACCGCACCUGAUAGUGGAAAGACAUCGUCGUGAUUUGCGUACCCGUAAACGUUUGCAAAAAAAUACCAAUUGCCAUUAUCAUGGACGGAUAAAGGAUCAGCCAGAUUCGAGGGUAGCUCUGUCAGCUUGUAAUGGUUUGGUUGGUCACAUAAAAACCAAAAAUAAUGAAUAUUACAUUGAGCCAUCAAAACUUCAUGCCGCAGCCCACAACGUUAACGGACAUCCGCAUGUUGUAUUUCAAAGAUCAUCUGUUAAGGAAAAGUCAUCACAUAAAUUGUUGCAAAAUGGAACGAAACGUCAAAGGCGAACUUUAAGUAAUUGUGGCACCAAGGAGCCAAGACGACGAAUAGAAGCACGUCUCGUGGAAUGGCAACCACAAGGCAAGUUAAAAAUACAAGGUGGACGUAAAAUAAGACGUCUACAUCAUCAACAGCCACAUUUCAAAUAUGAGACAACCACGGCGGAUGUAAAACAUCAGGAAUACCAUAAACAUCAAAUAAAAAAUCAUCAACAACAGCAUUCACAACAUCACCACACAACACAACAACAUCAAUCCCAGCAACACCAUCAACAACAACAACACUCACAACGACGCAUGAAACGUUCAAUUAGCAGCCCACGUCAUGUUGAAACUCUAAUUGUUGCCGAUUCGACAAUGGUUAACUUUCAUAAUGAGGUAGAGACGUAUCUUUUGACCAUCAUGAAUAUGGUCUCAGCCCUGUACAAAGAUCCCAGUAUUGGUAAUGCCAUUGAAAUUGUGGUGGUGAAAAUAAUCCUGCUCGAAGAGGAUGAAGCACAUCCAGAUUUGAAUUUAACACAGAAUGCUCAACAGAAUUUGGAUAUGUUCUGUAGUUGGCAACACAAAUUAAAUAGCGGCAAUGAAUUGGAUCCACAUCACCAUGAUGUAGCCGUUUUGAUAACCCGUAAAAAUAUAUGCGGUAAUAAUUGCAUGACCCUGGGUCUAGCCAAUGUUGGCGGAAUGUGUAAACCUAAACAGUCUUGUAGUGUUAAUGAAGACAAUGGCAUAAUGCUUUCACAUACCAUAGCCCAUGAGUUGGGUCAUAA